CAUUUAAAAAAAAUAUCGGAUGGAUUCUUUCGUUCGCAUUCUUCGCAGCCCAUGUGGUGCUUAUGAUAUUGGCUGGCUGCGGAGCACUUAAGUAUUCCAGUCAAACACAAAUGAUUGAACUGUCAGUGGGUGAACGGUGCCCGGAAAGGAAUGGAUACCCUGCUAGCACUUGCCAAUUAGCCGAAAGCUGUACCACAUUGGUUGCCUACAAGAGUCUGGAGCGUUCUGUGACAGUUUGUGGCUUCAUUUCACAAUCUGGCCAGGAGCUGCUCUGCUGUCCUGAUCGUGCCGAAGCCAUCUCACGAACACUAACACCAACAGCAACACCGGAAACAAUUCCAGUCCAAAUGUCAACACAUCUGGCCUCCCUCGGCUAUUAUAAGGCGGAUACCCUAGACGAAAUUGAGUAUCGCUGCACGGCGAUUAUCCUGUCGCCAAACCAAUUGCUGGCGACAAGCAAAUGCGUGGGCAACAAAAUAUAUGAGAAGCCCAACAGAGUCCUAGUGGGUGUUACAGACCCAAGAAAAUUCUUUGAUCCGGAGUUAGAGUUUGAACUUACGACAAAAGUCCAGUAUAAGGACGAUCUGGCACUGUUCACGCUGUCCACCUCGAUUGAUGUGAGCAAAACAGAAAUGGCAAAUGUAAGCUUGGCCCUGCUUUGUAAUGAGACCGAGCUGGAGGGAGUUCCGAAGCUAUACGCCGUAGGCUUUGCUCAGGAUAAUGGCUCCAACUGUGGCCUGUUCAAGACGCGCCUUGAGAGAUUCAAUGACUGCACCAAAGUGGAACUCAAGCGUCAGGUGUCGGCCAUCGAUAAGUCCAGGAACCUGUGCUUGGUACCCCAGCGGAAUGCUUCCCAUGCCGGCGUGAGCGAUGAAUGCACCAAAUGCCUGACGGCCAGCACCAGUGUGCUCCAUGUGGAGCGAGCGGACGGCAGUUUCUGUGUGGCAGGCAUUGCCACGCCCACCACCAACGAUUGCAUUGUGAACAGCGGUCCGAUUUAUUACACCAGCAUCGUAAACAGGGCCGGCGAAGAAGUACUGCCCGAAAACCAGACGGGAAUUGCAAACGCCCGCUAUCGGACAAGUCAAAAUUAAACGGAAUUUCUUUAAGAAAUUUCCCAUUAAAAAAAUAUAUGGUAUAUAAUACAACAAAUA